AUUUACAAGGGCUCGUGAAUGCAGCACACUUAUAGAGUCAGCGAAUAAACAAAAGCUGUCUAGUGGACAACAGCAACAAUGUCAGGAAAUGUCUCUUUUAAACGGUGACUUUUACCUUUCGAUUACGUGGAGUUAUUAUCUUUAAUGGUGCUGUUGUUAGUAUGACGAAUAAAACAAAGCCAAAGUUUUGGAAAAGACUCACAUCCCAAACCACGUCAACUUCUCUGUCGUGGCACCCACAGGACUCUGCGUCUGGGCGCAAAGAAACCGAGAAAAACCUAAAAUACCGGGCUUUCUUUCAAAAUGAACUCCAACAUCUGCCCUGCUGAUCAUUUGGCUCCUGGACCCUCAGACUCCUUGUGUUCUGCCACCAUCGCCGUUGAUGGUGCCUCAGGAGUGGAGGUCACCAGACCGACUGUGGCAUCUCCACCAGCUUCGGAGGUGGAGGAUAUCGAAUCCUACAACCUGAUUGAGCCUCCUCCAUUAGACUGGAGGUCUGACUGCUCCAGUGAGACAGGCUCAGCAAAUGACUUGGAUGACCCCACCUUCUCUCCCCCUGUAGAAAAUCUGGAAAAGGCCAGUCCAGGUGAGCCACUAUUACUGCCUUUGACCAAGAGUGACAGUCACUCUUCACUUGACGUAAACCAGCAGGAGCUUGUUGGAAAUAUUGAAGAGUCAAUCCAAGAUAUUGAAGUGGAACUGGGAGAAGAAGAUGAAGUAGCUGAGGAAGGGGAUAAGGUGAGGGUCGACGACGGUGUCACGGAAGACCAGCAAGAGGUAGCUGUUUGUGAUGUGGACAGUAGGGUCAGUGAGGAGGAGGUUGAGGUAGCUAACAAUAGAUCAGGUGAUGAAGAUCACAGCCGCAUCCACAGCCUGCUCAGCCAGCUCCAGCUGAUGGGGGACGAGUCUCACUCUGCCCAGCAUCAGACGACCAGCCUGCGUGAGCUGGAGAUGUGCGCUAACUCCCUAACAACAGAUGACAACACUGAAACAACAGGGCUGCUCUUCUCUGAAGGCCACCAGAGAGACCUGCUCGGGCUUCUGCAGUUCACAGAGAUCAGUGCUACACCACAUCCCACGUGUAUGCCCCACAGAGGAGAGGUGGACGCUGUAGUGUCAGUUUCCUACAGCCAGGAGGAUGCUCAAAGGUUCUGGGGGCAUUAUGGGAAUGGUCAGCAGCAGCGACACAGAGACGACUCCCUCACCUCCCUGCCUGAUGAUGAGUAUCCUGAGCCGGUGUGGAAGAAGCUGGGCGAGGAGCCUCCGGAGGAAGAAGAGGCUGCAGCAGACAGUGAGCAGAGCGCUGAUCAUCCUUCAUAUAAAGACGUGCCUGGUCCGUGUGACCCCGAAGACCUGUUGGAUGGAGUAAUAUUUGGUGCCAAGUACCUCGGUUCCACUCAGAUCAAAUCAGAAAAGAACCCGUCUACAAAUGCUCGUAUGGUCCAGGCUCAGGAGGCCGUGGACCGCAUCAAGGCACCAGAGGGAGAGUCUCAGCCAAUGACGGAGGUGGACCUGUUCAUCUCAACCCAGCGAAUCAAAGUGCUCACCGCUGACACACAGGAAGCCAUGAUGGAUCACGCUCUGCAGAUGAUCUCUUACAUAGCCGACAUUGGAGACAUUGUGGUCCUGAUGGCACGAAGGAAACGUAAAGGACAGGAUGGUGACUCUUCGUCCUCCUCUGGGCCUCAGACGAAGUGCUUAAUGAUUUGCCACGUCUUCUGCUCUGAUGAUGCGCAGAUCAUAGCCCAGGCUAUCGGUCAGGCAUUCGGAGUGGCCUACCAGCAGUUCCUUCAGGCCAACGGCAUGAAGACCAGCGAUCUGAAACCUGGCGAGUACAGUGACUACCUGGAAAGUCAGGAGCUCUACAAUGGAGACCUGGCCCACUUCUCUGACUCUCAGAACAUCCGAGAUGUAGUCAUCACCAAGGCUCCCGGAGAGAUCUUAGGGCUGGCGGUGGUGGAGUCAGGCUGGGGCUCCAUCCUGCCCACAGUGGUGGUGGCCAACCUCCUUCACGGCGGUCCCGCUGAGCGCUGCGGCGAGCUCAGCAUCGGUGACCGCAUCAUGUCCAUCAACGGCACCAGUAUGGUUGGUCUGCCCAUCACCACCUGCCAGAACAUAAUCCGGGACUUAAAAAGCCAAAAGUAUGUGAAGCUCAGCAUUGUCCACUGUCCGCCGGUCACCAUGGCAAUUAUCAAGAGGCCAGAUCCGAAGUUUCAGCUGGGCUUCAGUGUGGAGGACGGCAUUAUCUGCAGUCUGAUGCGGGGCGGCAUAGCUGAGAGAGGGGGCAUUCGUGUUGGGCAUCGCAUCAUAGAAAUCAACGGGCAGAGUGUCGUCGCCACACCACACGAAAAGAUCAUCCAGAUUCUCACCAAUGCUGUCGGAGAGAUUCACUUAAAGACCAUGCCAGCCUCAACGUAUCGACUCUUAACAGGCCAAGAGCAGCCAGUGUUUCUCUGAGCACUUCCUGAAGCAUCAAGGACAAAAAUACUGCCCAGUGUUCGAGCUACAUGAACUUUUGCCAAACUAAAUAUUAUGCAACUGAUCAUACAGCAUAUCAUAAGCUGCUGUCGCACCAUCGAACACAUCGUGCUAUUCUGGCUAUACGUUUUUAAGCUGUGCUUUGGAUAUUGUGAAAACAUAUUCGAAAGUGACAGGGAUAGCUGGUAGCUCUCCAUCUAUAUUUAUCUGUUAUUUAACAGUGCAGCAGUAGCUGAGAUGCAGUAAUUUAUAAACAGAAUAUUUUUUGACUUCACUAACUUUUACAUGGUGGUGAAAGGUGUAGAGCAUACUGUAGAGUUUUUGGUCCUUCAGCCUGUGUUGCCAAUGUGCCUGAGUUGAACGUGCUUGAAGGGGAAACCUUAUUGAAUCAGGAUAAAGAGUCUGUUUAUUUCAUUCUCAUGUACUUCCAGUCCCUCACGUACACAUGCAUAUCAACAAGUGUCACACGCUUCAGAGAGAGGAUUUUAGUCAAGUGUUCUGGUUUAUUCACACAGUGCUUCCCUGACUGUGCCUGACAGGAAACAGAUGUUAUGCACAAUUAAAGGUAACAGCCUUAUUUGAUAGAGAGAUACAUAUAUUUUUAAGAGUUUGCUGUUUUGAAUGUUCAUUAAAAUGAUCUGUAAGAUA